UGAGCCUCCUCAAGGUGUCCGGGAAGAGAACCGGACUUCUCCGAUACAGUCCGCCCGCGCUACUCUGCUUCUGACCGUUUUGCUUAACUCAGGACUGUCUUAAGCUUCCCGAUGUCUGGCAGGUUGGGGAGCAAGGAGCAAGGCCGACCAGGAGAUGCGGGUCAGAGGGAAAACCCAGAAAGAACCUUUGACCUGGUAUUGAACGUGAAAUGUCACUCCUCUGAAGGCGAAGAUCCCGUGGUUUUGUGGAAAUUCCCGGAGGACUUCGGAGACCAGGAAGUCCUGAAGAGCGUGCCCAAGUUCUGUUUCCCCUUCGACGUCGAAAGGGUGUCUCAGAAUCAAGUGGGGCAGCACUUCGCCUUCGUGCUGACGGACAUCGAAAGCAAGCAGAGAUUUGGCUUCUGCAGGCUCACCUCUGGCGGCAGGAUCUGCUUAUGCAUCCUCAGCUACCUGCCAUGGUUUGAAGUCUAUUACAAGCUUCUGAAUACGCUGGCAGAUUACUUGGCUAAGGAACAGGAAAAUGAUUUGAAUGCAGUUCUCACAGCGCUCUAUAACCACCCAGUCCCCAAGGCAAACAGCCCUGUCAAUCUGAGUGUGAACCAAGAGAUAUUUAUUGCCAGUGAGCAAGUUCUGAGAGAUCAGCCCUCCCUAGCACCGCACUCCUACUUCAUCGCCCCCGACGUAACCGGACUCCCAACCAUCCCCGAGAGUAGGAACCUCACCGAGUACUUCGUGGCCGUGGACGUGAGCAACAUGCUGCAGCUGUACGCCAGCAUGCUGCACGAGCGGCGUAUCCUCAUCACCUCCAGCAAGCUCAGCACCUUGACUGCCUGCCUGCACGGAUCGGCCGCGCUGCUCUACCCCAUGUUCUGGCAGCACAUCUACAUCCCCGUGCUGCCGCCGCACCUGCUGGACUACUGCUGCGCUCCGAUGCCAUACCUGAUUGGAGUACACUCUAGCCUCAUAGAGAGAGUGAAGAACAAAUCGCUGGAGGACGUGGUGAUGUUAAACGUGGACACGAACACUUUGGAGUCCCCGUUUCACGACUUGGACAACCUCCCCAGUGAUGUGGUCUCGGCCCUGAAGACGAAGCUGAAGAAGCAGUCCACGGCCACGGGGGACGGGGUGGCCCGGGCCUUCCUCAGGGCGCAGGCCGCUCUGUUCGGAUGCUACCGAGACGCGCUGAGAUACAAACCCGGGGAGCCGGUCACCUUCUGUGAGGAGAGCUUUGUGAGGCACCGCUCCAGCCCGAUGAAGCAGUUCCUGGAGACGGCCGUGAACCUGCAGCUGUUCAAGCAGUUCAUCGACGGGCGGCUGGCGAAGCUGAACGCAGGAAAGGGCUUCUCCGACGCCUUCGAGGAGGAGAUCACCUCCGGGGGCUUUUCUGGAGGGAGCCCGAGGUCGUAUCAGCAAUGGGUACAUACGGUCAAGAAAGGAGGCGCCCUGUUCAACUCCGCGAUGACCCGAGCGACCCCCGCGGUGCGGACGGCGUAUAAAUACGCAAAAAGCCACGCCAAGCAGGGCAUCAAGGAAGUGAAGAGCAAGCUCAAACACAAGGAGACUGAGGACGACUGUGGGGCCUACUCCGGUUUCGUACAGUACACCCCGGUCUACACCCUACACAACCACAAGGGGCCAAGCCGGGAGAAGCGCAAGCUCACCCAGACACGCUUACACAGGCCCCUCAAGAGCCUCGACGACGGCGCGCCGUGUGAGGACGAGGACGAGGACAUGGACCGCGCUAGCAAACUGUCCUCGGAGGACGGAGAGGAGGCCGCGGCUUAUUCCUACGAAAGCGAUGACUCGGUGGAGACUCGAGGGAAGACGCUGUACUCGGGGGAGAUGGACCUGCUGGGGGAGAUCCUGGACACGCUGAGCACCCACAGCUCCGACCCGGGCAAGCUGGCGGCCGCCAAGAGCCUGGACUUCUUCCGCUCCAUGGACAACAUCGACUACCAGCCCGCGAAUAAAUCCAACGCCCCGAGCGAGGACAACCUGGCGGCCCUGUGCGGCGGGUCCGGGGACCAAGGCGACUGCCUCGGGCGCCGGCCGUCCUCCUCGGUCCCGUGGGAGAAGGAAGGCAACGGCGUCCAGGGAGACCCUGGGCCACUCCACGAAGCCGCGUCACUGAGCCCCCCGGCGCCCGCCUUCCAGCCCGACGGGAACGUUCCGGGCGGGAGCACGAGUGGAAACCAGGCCUCCGUCAAGAACUGA